AUGAGCUACACUCCUAAAUAGUAGGAAGAAAUUCGAGCAAUAUAUUAAAGAAAUUAGCAACUUGAGAUGUAAGUAAAGUCUUCUUUGAAUGAAGUAUAAUAACUUAAUUAAAGACUAUAAAUGUAAGAACAAGCUUUCAAAUAAUCAUAAUCAUAGUUGAAUCAAUAAGUGUAAAAGCUGUCAUAAGAUUUAUCAAUAAAAACAUAGUAAUUAAUAAAUACUGAAUAAUAAUUCAAGAGACAAUUGGGUCAUACAAAUGAAUAAUUGAACAUUGUUAAAUAAUAAAAUCAAUUGAGAGUAGAUUAAUUAUCAUAAGAAUUGAAAUUAAAAACUACAAGUUUUGAUAAAAUAUCAAAUGAAUUGUAGUCAGCAAAACAUGAGAUAUUGUUAUUAUAGAAAAAUGCUGAAAAUUUGAAUGUAGUUAAAUCCUAAUAACUUAUUUAAUAAGAUACCAAUGCUAAAAGAGUUAUAGAUGAUUUAAAUGAUAAGAUAAGAAUGAUAUCAUUGUAAUCAUAAAAAUAAAUAGAACAAUUAUAAUAAGAGUUGGUUCUUAAAAAGUAAGAGAUUGAUCGACUUAAUUAAGAGGUAGUAUAAAAAAAGAAUGAAAUCUAUUAAUAAUAAUAAAAAAUAGAAACAACUAAUAUUGCUAAGAACAAUUAGAUUUCUUAAUUAGAAACUUUGUCUAAAAAACAAUUAUAAGAAUACAAUGAUAAAUUGAAUCAAUUUUAAUCUUAAGCUUAAAUGAAGAUUGAUUAAUUAAAUUAAGAAAUUAGUAAUAAAACUGCAAUACUUGAGAAAGCUAAUUAGGAGAUAGUACAAAGGAAAUAAGAAAUUUAAGUAAAUAAUUAACAUUUUGAAUAAGUUAGUAAUUAAUACUAAUAAAAAAUAUAAGAAAUGAUGGGAAGAUUAAAUGAAUUAUAAUUGUAAGCAGAAAAAGAAUAAAAUUAAUUUGGAAGAACAAAAGAUGAUUUCUAAAUAAAAGUUUAGAAUUUAUCAAGGGAUUUAAAUAUUUAAUAAUAAUAAAGCACAUAAUUUGCAUAGGCUAUGCAGAAAGAGAAUUAAUAGUUGAAAUAAGAAAUAAUUAAUUUAUAAUAAUAAAUAGCAUAAAAACAUUAAUAAUUUAGUGAAUAAAAAUCAUAAGCAGAUGCUUUAAUUAAUACAUUAAAUAUAGAGAUUAGUAAAUUGAAGACUGAUUUAACAGUUAAGUAAUAAUAAUUAGAAUCAAGUGAGUAAUAAUUUCAUUAAUAUAAGAGUACAACAACAAAAUAAAUUGAUUCAAUGAUUUAAUAAUUUGAAUAAAGAUAAAGUGAAAUUCAUUAAGAUAAUGAAAUAUAAACAAAUAGAUUAUUAUAAUAAAAUAAAUUCAUAUUAGAGAAGACAGUAGAAGAACAUAAGAAAUAACUUGCAUAAUUGGAUAGAUUUUGGAAUGAUAAAUGUAAGUAAUAAAUUGAAUAAGGAUAAUAAGAUUAGUAAAGAAUAACAUAAUAAUAUUUAACUAUUAUUGCUGAGAAUGAGAGAAAGUUUUAGAAUUUAUUUAAGAAUUAGGAAUAAUCUUAUAUAUCUUAAUUAGAUGCAUAGGAAUAACAUUAUUAAAUGCAAAUAGAUUAAUUAUCAAAUUAAUUAAAGUAGAUAAGUAGUGAUAAGGAAUAAUUGUAGACAUAAUUAGUAACUGCAUAAGCUUAAUUGAGAGAUUUUGAGUAAAAAGUUAGAGAAUUACAUUAUCAUGGUUAGACAAAAACAGAAUAAGCUAAUUUAUAAAUAAAUGGAUUAUAAAGUAGCAAGGAAGGUAAAUAGAAAAUUUGAUUAUGUUUAGAGUUAUUUGCAUUUAUAAAGGAGAAACAAAUUGAAUAUGAUGCUAAGAUAUUCUAAUUGUAACAAUAAUUGUAAACUCUAAGUGCUAAUAAAGAUGUAUAAGAAAAAGAAUUAAGUUUAGAAAGAGUAGCUAAGGAUGGAUUAAAAAAACAGAUUUUAUAAAUAAAUAAUUAAUAAAAUAUUAAGGAAAUGGAAAUAAGAAAUGAAAUCUCUGUGAAAAAUUCAGAAAUUAUUAAAUUAAAUAAAGAAGUUGAAAGAUUAGAUAAUUUAUUUAAAUAAACUACUUUAGAAUUAAAAAGAAUUAAUGAAUAGAAUGAAGAUCUUAAAUUAAUUGAUGAUUUUUAAUUAAAAGAAAAAGAUUUACAAAUCUCAAAAUCAAAAUAAAUUGAAAUUGAAUUAAAAAAUAGAAUUUAAUAAUUAUAAAAAUAAUUAUCAAAUUAAGAAUGGUAAUUAUCUUAAGAAAAUAUUAAAUUAAAAUAAUAAGUUAAAGAUCUAAAUAAUGAUAUUAAUAUUUUAAACACAAGAAUUAAUAUGCUCAAAAUAUAAAAUAAAGAUGAAUCAGAAAGAUUCCAAGAAUUAUUAAAAAGUCAUGAUAUUGAACUUGAGAGUUGGGCAGAAAGAUAUAAAGAUUAAUAAAAUUAAAUAGAAACAAUUACAUAAUAACUAUUUACAACUUAAUAAUAGAAUAAGUAAAAAGAAUAGAUAAUAAUUCAAUAUGAUAAAUUAAAAUAAGAUUUUGAUUUAUUGAAUAAAUAAUAUUAAAACUUGUAAGAAAAUAGUCUUAGAAAUAGUAAUAUUAAAGAAAAUGCAAAAAAUGUUGAAAUCUAAUAAUUACAAGAACAUUAUGAACAAUAAGUAAUUUAACUAUAAAAAGAAAUAGACUUUAUGAGAGAAAAUAAAAUUAACACAAAAUAGGAUGUUACAGUUAUUGAUUUUAGUGUUUAAAUUACUUCAUUAAAUGAUCAAUUAAUGAAAAAAAAUAAUGAAAUAACUAAUAUAAGAAUGUAGGCAAAUAGAACAAUUAUGGAAAAAGAUAAUUAAAUUAUAUCAUUACAAUAAUAAUUAGAAGAAUUGAUAUCAAAAGUAGAUAUUAUUGAAAAUAAUCAAUCAGAUUAAAAUGAGGCUAUUGAAAAAGCAGAAAAUUUGGAAUUAAUUAUGAAUGAAAAAGAUAAAUUUAUUAUUUAACUUAAAGAAGAACUAUAAAAUUAUAAAAAUUAAAUUCUAGAAUUAGAAGACUAAUUAAAAAUUCGAUAAAAUUCACUAGAUAUAAUAUAAUAAUAAGCUUCAUUAAUUUCUGACCUUAAAUCAUAAGUAGAAAAAAAAUAAAUAUAAAAUUAAAGUAUUACAUAACCAAAACAAAUUUAAUAAUGUUUUACUAAAAGUAUUAGGAGUUCAACUCAUAGAAUGAGUGGCAAAAAAAGUUUAACUAAUGAAGAAUCUUAAAAAGAGAUUAUCUCAUAUGUUUAAAAAGUUACUGAAGUUUCUUUUAAAUAAUAAUCUAAUUAAUAAAUUAUUUCAAUUGUUAAUCCUUAAAUAAGUGAAACCAAAUAAAUAUUGAGAUAAUCUUAGGAGGAAUCAUAAUAAAGAAAUUUAUUAAAUUAAUCAAUAAUGGUCUUAUAAUAAGAAUUAAAAUAAGUUAAAUUAAAUUUAUCAAAUGAGUAAUAAGUCUCAAGCUAAUUAAGAUUUGAAUUAUAACAAAGUAACUCUAAGAUCGAAUAAUUGUAAUUUGAACUUUCUUAAAUGAAAAAUAAAGUAUAAUUAAAUGGUAUUAAUAUUUUACUUAUUUUUUAUAGAUAUUUAAAUUAAUGAACGAUAAAAUACAAUUAACAUGAAAAAUUAUGAGUCUAAUAUGUAAAGUUUAAAAUUAGAAAAUCGUGAUUUACAACAAAAGUCUGUAGAAUAAGAAUAAUAAUUGAAUAAUUUAUCAUAAAGAAUAAAUGAACUUUAAAAUGAAAUAAAAAAAUAGAAAGAAUAAAUAUAAUAAUUGAAUGAUUCAGAAAAUACUAAAGAAAAUUAAAUUUUUGAAUUAAAAAGUAUUAUUGAUAGAUUAUAAAAUAAUCUUAAAUCUGAAUAAUCUAUUGUUAGACAAAAGUAAUCUGAGGUUAAAUAAAUAACUUAUUAAUAAGAAUAGAUCUAAUAAAUGCUUUAAUAAGAAUAUUAAGAUAUUAAAAUAAACAAUAAUGAGUUAUCAUAAUAAAAAUUUAAAUUAGAAUUAGAAAUUCAAGAAUUAAAAUCAUUAUUACAAUAGGCUUAAAUCACAUAAUAAUUAUAUGAGAGUAAAAUAGCAAAAUUAAAUGCUGAAAUAACAAAAAUAAGAGAGUAACUUAUUUAAUUUGAAUAAAUUAAAAAUAAUUAAAAUACAGAUUAAAUAUAGAUUAUUAAUGAAUAAUAAUAUUAAGAUAUUCUUAUAAAAUUUUAAAAUAGUUAAGAUGAAAUUAAAUAAUUAUAAAGCAGUUUUGAAAAAUAAAAAUAAUAAUAUUUAUGUGAAAUGAAUGAAAAUUCUUAGAUAAUUACAAGAAGAAACCAAGAAAUAUAAAAUUUAAGGAUAUAAUUAGAUCACUUAAAUUAAUAAUUGAAUGUAUACAAAGAAUCUAAAACAGAUGUUUAAAAAUGGUAGAAUCAAGUAGAGAUAUUACAAAAACAAUUACAGGAAGAGAAACUAUAAUAAUAAGAGUAAAUAAUUAUUUAUAUAAUAUAAGCUUGAAUAAUUAAUUACAAAAUUAAUUGUUUCAAUUUUAAUAAUCGAAAAGAGAAUGGUAAGAGUUGGUAUAGAGAUUAAAGGAGGAUAAUAAUCAAUUAUAAACAAAUCUAAAUAGAUAUUUAUCAAGCAAAUAAGAAAUUGAUAGUCAUUGUUAUUAAUAAAAUUAAAAUAUUUAAAUAACAACAAAUACAAUUUAGAGUUAAUAAUUAAAAUAUAAUACUACAGGAUAAUCUUAAGAAAAAAUACUAAUUGAUUUAUAAAUAGCUUAGGAAGAAAAUGUUAAAUUACUUAGUUAAUUAUAAGUGGUUUAAUUGAAUAAUAAAUAGUUAAGUAAAGAGAUUUAAGAUUUUGAUGAAAAAUAAAAGUUAUUAGAGAAUAGAUAUAAAGAUUAAUAUUUGAGAACGUAAUUGGAAAAUGAUGUUUUAUUUAAAAAAAUAGAAUAAGAGAAUAUUAAAUUAUUGAGCUAGGUUGAGGUUUAUUAGAAAAAGUAAUAGUAAUUGGAAGUGUUGAUUGAUGAUUAUAUAGCUUAGAUUGAAAAGCUUAAUAUAAUGAAUAGUUAAAUUUAAUAGUAAUUAUUAUUGGUACAAAAAGAUAAUACUAAUUAUUAUAAGGAUUAAGAUAAAUAGAUAUAUAAGUUAAGUGAAAUGAAUUAAUAAUUAAUAACUUAAGUAACUUAAUUAAACAAUUAGAAGAAUGCAGAUUAAUUAUAAAUUAAAGAUUUAUUAGUUAUAAAGUAAACCUUAGAUGAGUAAUUGAGUAAACAUUCAGAAGAAAUACUUUAAUUGAAUGAAAGACUUAAAGAUUUAUCAGAUUAAAAUACUUAAUUGACUAAUAUGAAUUCAUAAUAUCUAAAUUAAAUUACUGGAUUUGAAGUUUAGAUAUCUGAGUUAUAAAAUAAAUUAGCUUAAAAUAUUUAUGAAAAUAAAUCAAGAUAGAGUGAUUAAUAACCUAGAUAAUCUACUUCUAGUAAUAGUAGAUAAAUUGAAGAAUUAAACAGCAAAAUCAUAAGUCUUAAUAAUUAAGUCAAUCUAUUGAAUCAAUAGAAAUCUUAAAUUUAAUAAGAACUUUUAACUGUGAAAAAACAAUUACAAUAUGAAUAAGAUGAUAAAUUAUCAUAAUAAUCUAGAUUAACUAAAAAUACUUAAUAUAAAAUAGUUAAUGAAAUGGAAGAGAAAAUUAGGCAAUUGUAAUAGUAAAUUGAAAGCGAAAGAUUAGGGAGAUCAAUGAAUAAUGGUGAUAUUGAAUUAAAAAAUAAAUAAAUUUUGAUUUUAGAAUAAAAUAACAGAAAAUUAUAAUAAUAAUUAGAUUAAUUGAAUCUAUAAAUAGAAGAAGAAAAAAAUCUACUUUAUAAAGAAAUCGAUUAAUUGUCUGAGUAAAAUAAAAGAACUAAAUAAUUGAAGAAUACAGAAUAUGAUAUUGAAUAUAGAAAUUCAAUUAAAUAAAAGGAAACCAUAUAAUAGGAAUUAGUAUAAGCAAAUUAAUUAAUUAAAAAAUAAUAAGCUCGUAUAAUUACUUUAGAAGAUUAAAUAAUAAAAUUAACAAAUGACUCAUUAGAUACGGAGAAAUAAAAUAGAUUUAUUGUAGAUUUAGAAGAAAAACUUAAGCUUAAUUAACGUAAAUAUGAAAAUGAAAUUAAAGAACUUAAGAAUGAUAAAUAAUCUCUUAAUUAAUAAUUAGAAAAAGUAAUAUAAGAAUUAAGAGAAAUUAAAUCUAAAUUUCAAAUUGAAUUAGAGUAAAAUGAAUAAAAAUUUAUAAAGAAAAUUAAAGAUUCUCUUUAUAAUUAAAUGAUAAAGCAGUAUAUUUGAGUUAAUUAGAAGUAAAAAAUAGAUAAUUGAAAGAAGAAAUUGUUAAUUAAUAAGAAAAGUAUGAAGAGAAAUUGAAAUAAGCAAAUGAAAAAAUAAAAGAAGUAACUGAAGAUUUAGAAAUUAUGAUAGAAAAUUAUAAAAAAGAAAAAUAAGUAUAUUAUAUAUUAAUAAAUUAGUUAAAUUAAAAAUGGGAAAAAUAGAAUGAAGAACUACGUAGAUAAUUAUAAUCAUCAGUUGAAGAUGUUCAAAUUAAGACUGAAAGAUUGAGUUUAGAAAAAUAUGAAAGAUUAUCAUUAGAUAGCAAAAGAUAAAUAGAAUAAAUUUAAUAAUAAUUAAAUAAUGAAAUAAAUACAUUAAAACAAGAAAAUAAAUAAAAAAAUGAAUAAAUUAAUUAAUUAAAAUCUAAUAAUCAAUCUAUUUAAUAGAAACUAAAUAAAUUUGAAACAUAUAUUCAUGAUUUAGAAGAUUAAUUAUAAUAAUUUUCAAAUAAAGAAGAAUAAUUAUUAAGAGAAUUGAAUUAAUCUAAAAAUUAAUCAUUGACAGAUUCUUUAAAUGUUAAAGUAAUGGCUUUAGAAAAUAAUCUAAUAAAAGCAUAAAAAAAAGAGGAAUAAUUAUUACAAAAAAUAAAAUCAUUAGAAAAUCAAUAAAGUUCUUUUCGAAAUAAUUCAGAAUAUAGAAAUUUGGAAACAAAAAAUAAUGAAAUGUUUGAAGAAAUUUAAAUUUUAGUUUAAACAAUAAAAAGUUAAGAUAAAGAAAUUGCAAAUUUAAAAAAUGAAUUGAUGUCUUAUUAAAGAGAAGUAUCAUUUAUGAAAGAAGUAGUUAAAGAAGAUAAUAGUAGAUUAGAAACAUCUAUUUUAGAUGAUAAAAAUAGGAGAAUAGUAGAAUUAGAAAAUAAAUGUGCAUUACUAGCUAAUGAGAAUACAAGACUUAAUUAAUUAAAGGUAUAAUAUUUAUCAUAAUAUUUUAGAUGAAGUAAAUUGAUGAAUGGAAAUAUAAAUAUGAUAAAUUAUAAUAAGAGUUAGAAAAAAGUUUAAAUAUGAAAGGUUGGGAUGAUCAAUCUAAGAAUAUAGUAAUUUCUAGUAAUUUUGGAUAUUUAUCCAAUGUAAAAUGA